AAUUUACUAUCGCGCUCGUUCUUGAUGGCGAAGCACAUGUUUCAUGGCACAUGUAUUUAAGGUUAUGUACUACAGAAAAAGAAAAACGAGUAUAAAGUAAAUCACAUUAAGGAAGGAAUUUAUUGUUAAACGCUAUGUCUAAACGUCCAGAACAUUUAGCACCACCUGAGGUGUAUUAUGAUGAAAGAGAAGCCAAAAAAUAUACACAGAGCUCUCGGAUGAUGGAUAUCCAAGAAGAGAUGUGCAGGCGUGCUAUAGAACUUCUUCUGUUACCUGAAGAUCAGAGUUGUUUACUUUUGGAUAUUGGUUGUGGCUCUGGUCUUAGUGGUGGUGUAUUGGAGGAAGAAGGACACAUGUGGAUAGGUGUUGACAUCUCUCCAGCUAUGCUUAAUGUAGCUGCUGAAAGAGAAACAAGUGGUAACUUAAUCCUGGGGGAUAUGGGUCAAGGGAUGCCAUUCAGGGCUGGUGUAUUUGACGGCGCUGUUAGCAUCUCCGCGCUGCAAUGGUUGUGUUACGCCAACCAAAAAUCGCAUAAUCCUACAAAACGUUUAUACCAAUUCUUCUCGACAUUGUUCGCAUGCUUAUCGAGGAGCGCGAGAGCGGUGUUACAAUUUUAUCCGGAGAACAGUGAACAGAUCGAUUUGAUUACCACGCAGGCCAUGAAAGCUGGUUUCUUCGGCGGUGUAGUCAUAGAUUUUCCGAACAGUACAAAAGCGAAGAAAAUGUUCUUGGUACUGAUGACCGGAGGCGCUGCUCCACUUCCAAAGGCACUGGGUACAGAAAACGAGGAAAGACAAACUGUUCUUAAUUCAAGAAGAGAAUAUAUAAAAAAAGCUAGGGGUAAACCGUUAAAGAAAAGCAGAGACUGGAUUGUAGAGAAGAAAGAAAGACGACGGCGGCAAGGAAAAGAAGUCAGGGAUGAUUCCAAGUACACUGGACGAAAAAGAAGCGGACGAUUCUAGGAUGCAUUGUUAAAAUAUGGAUAUUGUUAAAACAUUUUUAAAAUAAAAUAUUUAAUAUUUCCUAGAGUAA